AUGAGCAAGUUAGAGAUACAAAUAGCAUCACUCAAUGGCAAAACUUCUAAAAAUAAAUUCGAGUCAUACAUUAGGAAAAAGCUAGAUAUUCUUCUAGGGUUUAAGCCAUCGGCUCUAAUCUUGAUACCGGAAGGAUUCGAGACUCGAGGAAACAAUAGAAUUUUUUCUGGCACUGCUGGUACACAACUUGUAAUAAUUGCCCAAAAGAUCGAAGAUGUAAAAAUAGCUUGCUUCCAACCGAAUCUUCGUCAGGUUUACCAUGAAUGGGGAAUAAUAGAAUUAUGCAGUGAUCAGAUAGGAAUAAAAUUCUUGGAGUAUUUCCAAAAAUUAUUUAACGCAAAAAACAGAGUUGCCGUGUCAGUAGAUGACAUCAAGAGUGCUCCGAUUGUAGAGCUAGGAAAGUUCAAUUGUUUAAAAUUAAAUGGAGUUUGUACCUCUCCACGGCCCAAGAAUAAGGAAAUAAUAUCAGUUCUGAGAUCAAAAGACACAUCUCGCGAGGCUUCAGCAACAACAAUGUCUAUGAAUCCAACGUUAGCUCCAAUUCUACAAAAUAGCUCAGUACUAGUGAUAGUAUCAACUCUUGUGAUAUCACUUACUACAUCUCUAGCGCCGCUAUCGAACUCUACAGACUAUGUCAUGACUAAUAGGACGAUCAACCGAAGUGAUGAUACUAAAGAAUCUAAUAUUACGUCAUCUGUUCAAAAUAAUAUUUUUCGUGAUGAAUCCAAUUCAAAAUCUAAGGAAUUAAUUUUGACGUCUAAUAUCAAAAGUACGCCCCUGGUUUUUUUGAUUGAACCUACAACUACACCAACCAAGUCAGACGUUCGUACAAUACAUCACCAUCAUAUUGAGACAGUAACAAAGACAGUUUUUGGAACAUCUACUAGUAAUACGUCUAUAGCUACUAGCGGUUAA